UCGAACGUGGGUGGAACAUUGUGGGGCGGAAAUUCAAAAGAUAUAUUGAAAUCGAAGCUAAAGCAAAGUAUUUUUCCACUCGAAAAACGCAAUCGCAGUCUCGCGAUGAGAAGUAUAUAUGUUACAAGUAAACAUACACCAAACGAAUGUUUGAUCGAGUAUUUGUUGACAUCAUGCUCACUUAGAACAACAGGUCAAUGAGUUUGAUAAUACAGUCGGCAAUUUGGCGUUGCUCGACAGUAUCGCUGACGCCGACAGUACACCGCCAGUAAGCAUCGUAACUCGCCGAACCGCGCCGCCUGUGAAUGUCGGAGCAACAGCCCUUCGAGCAAGCAAACUCGCGCGUGAACGCGGAAGCUACGGCCGGCAGUGAGGACUCGUCAUCCAACGGCUCGUGCGAACGCGAUUCCGAAGAGGUGUUCGACAAACUUUACGCAGAGUUCCAGAAGAACGAGAAGGCCAAGUACCAGAGUUUUCCACCGUUUCAGCCGGUGAUCUACGACGCGAACAAUCCGCCUCGCAAGUUCCGCCGAAUGAUAGCGCUAGGUCACGAAUACGACCUGCGCGAGAGAUUACGCGCCACGACGAGUCUCACGGACAAGCAGGUGGACCUCUACGCCAGAACCGCCUCGUACCUACCUGGCUUGAAAUACCAACCGCUCAAUUGUCCCGUGACGUACUCGUGGUCGCCUUCCACCAUCAGUUUGAGCAACUCGGACACCUCUGGCAGUCCUAAGUACCUUUUUAAGGAUCUGCCGCUGGAGUUGCCGAAGAGGAAGAGCAAGUCUACUACAACUGGUUACUGCGAUGCGAACAAUUGCGCAACCUCCUCGUCGUUUCUGAAGUUGGCGAACUCAUCGGGGAUUUACGAAGAGACGACGGAGAAGACCACCGCCGAUGUAGACCAAUCGAGUCUGCAGAAUCUGUCUGACCAAUCGGACUACCGAUCCGAGAAUGAAUGGCUGGUAAGCGAAGUUCAUCAGAUCGAUCACGAUAUUAAGUUGCCGCCUUCGCCGACGUCCAGUUUGCUCACACCCAAACGCCUGACUAUCGAAGAUGAUCUCACCAGGAACAAAUGUUACGCCUGGCUCUUAGAGGACGACCGCAAUAAUUCUACAAAUAGCUUUUCUUAGGUUUGACUAGUUUUACAACGAAUUUCUUCUUUACCUCGUCGAGCUCGUUUACAGCGGCAAGAUAUUUCUGUUCUAUUUUUCGAAUAUACCGGUGUCAUUUACGGUCUGAAAAAAUAUUAAGGAAAUGGAAUGUCUCAAGUAGAUACAAUUAUUAAUAAUGAAUUGAAUUACUUUCCUUAUCUCUAUCCCAUACAUUUAACAAUAUAUAUUAUUUAUUUAAAGAAAUAUAUAGUCAACAAAUUAUUCAAUAUUUAAAAAAUAACCAUACCAUCAGCUUUUUACAAAUAAUUAUUUUUUUAUAAUAAUUAUCAUAAAUUUUACCUUAUAAAUAGUUGUUAAUUGAAGUGAAAAUAAAG